AUGACUUCGCAUCCAAAGAAUGACGAUACAUACUACAAGAUUCUGGAAAGCGCAGAGAUGCCUCCGAUGAGCCUGAUAACUAAUAUCGCUCGUGGCCUGCGUAAGGCAAUGAAAUUGCAUCUCUUCAACUUUGAUGUGAUCAGGGAUACCAGAAUUGGAAACAGGUACCUUGUUGUAGACAUCAAUUAUUUCCCUGGCUAUGCCAAGAUGCCUGGUUAUGAAUCCGUAUUGACUGAUUUCUUGUGGAAUUUUUUGACCAAGGAAGAUGCUAGAUCUUUCAAUAACAAGAAAGAAACAACCAAAUUGGUUGAAAAAAUCCAUGUUUAUGGUGACCAAAAAGGGUCUCUUCCUAUUCUUUCUGUUGAAAAGGAUGAACAGGACCCUUUUCAGGUUUGA